AUUUACAAUAUCCCCACCUAUAGCGGUGCAGUUAUCUCCACAUCGACUACCCCAAUCUCACACGAGGGGGGUGCCAGAGAGGCACUUGUUGGGCCAUUUCCAUGUCGGUGUUUGGGAGGAUAGAAGCCCGAGGACCGCGCUGUGCUAUAGUCUCUUGUAAGCAACCUGUUAUUAGCCAUGCAAAGACAGACACUGCAACAACCAGCGUGCCCUGUACAUGAUCCGAAGAGCUUCCCACCUUCAUACACUCACAUUUCCCUUCAAAUCGCACACUGCGGCCCAAGUCAUGGCAUCUUCAAGUGAUAUAGCGCUACCACUCACGGGCAAGGUAUACGUUAUUACGGGUGGCGCAAGCGGGAUUGGUCUAGCUACGGCCAAACUCUUGUCGAAACGCGGAGCUACAGUGGGUGUUGCUGACGUAGAUCCGGAAGCCCUAAAAACAGCAGAGGGAUAUUUUUCCUCACUCAACGUACCAUUCACGGUUUCUAGAGUGGAUGUAUCGAAGAGAUUGGAGGUGGAUUCCUGGAUAGACUCAACGGUGGAAAGAUUCGGGCGGCUAGACGGUGCAGCUAAUGUCGCAGGCAUUAUCGGAAAGGAUCACGGCAUUGCAUCUGUUGCCGAACUCGAUGAUGACGAGUGGGAUAAGAUCAUUGCAGUGAAUCUGACCGGCAUGAUGUACUGUCUGCGCGCCGAGUUGCGGAAGGUUGCGGAUCGAGGUUCCAUUGUGAACGUUUCAUCGAUCCAUGGACUGAAGGGAUUCCCGAGACAUGCCGCCUACGACGCAAGCAAACAUGCUGUCGUAGGUCUUACCAGAGCUGCAGCACUUGAAAACGGAGAGCGAGAGGUUAGGGUCAAUAGCGUCGCCCCGGGAGCCAUCUUCACGCCAUUGAUGCAGAAGAACUGGGAUGCAAGAGGACGACCGGCCGAUGCGCCAUUCGAGGACCCGAGUGCAUUCCAAAGACAAGGAACCGCGGAGGAGACGGCUAACGUGAUUGCCUUCCUUCUUGGCCCGGAGAGCACAUUUGUGAGUGGAAGUGUAUACUCGGUGGACGGCGGAUGGCUAUGAUGCCUGGUCUACGAAGCAUCUAAAGGGUUACCUAUACAGCAAUAUCCGCCUUGAAAAAAAAGGGAGGGGAAAAAAAAAUUUGGCAAAGAAAGAAAAAGGUCAUAGAGCGAUAUAAGACGUUAUUAUCCCCCCUAGUCUCAUGUUAGAUUUGGGACAGAAACAUUAGAUUUGUAGUGGGACAAAGCUUGAGAAUGUCUUGAGGUUACUUGCGACUGGCAGUGUCAUCAAAGCACCAGUCUAGUGCUAAGUCGACAACGAGCCCUACUUGGUCACUGAUCAUAUUGCAGUUCGGAGUUGUAGUCAUGUAUACAG